UUCUUAAUCUAAUCACACACAGAUCCCUUAAUUUCUAUAGGUUUCUCCAAAUCUUUCGACUCUUCUUCAAUCAUCACCAUGGUACGUUUUACCAACACCCUCGUAGGAAUACUCAACUUCUUCGUCUUCCUCUUCUCGAUCCCGAUACUCGCAUCCGGGAUCAUGCUCAGCGUUGAAGGCUCGACGCAAUGCGAGCGGUUCCUCGACAAACCCAUGAUUGCACUCGGCGCAUUCCUCAUGAUAGUCUCAAUCGCUGGAGUCGUGGGAUCUUGCUGCAGAGUGACGUGGCUCCUCUGGUUCUAUCUCUUUGUGAUGUUCUUCUUGAUCAUCAUUGUGCUCUGUUUCACCGUCUUUGCCUUUGUUGUCACUAGUAAAGGAUCCGGCGAAACUAUCCCCGGAAAGGCUUAUAAAGAGUACAGGCUUGAGGCUUACUCUGAUUGGUUGCAGAAGCGUGUGAACAACGCUAAACAUUGGAACACCAUCAGCAGCUGUCUCUACGAGACCAAAUUGUGUGCUAACUUCCCUGUUCGUGAGCCUGAUUCUGCUUUCUUCAAAGAACAUCUCACUUCUCUUGAGUCUGGUUGCUGCAAGCCUUCUAAUGACUGUAACUUCUUCUACAUAAGCCCAACGACUUGGAACAAAACGUCAGGAACACAUCAAAACUCAGACUGUCAACUUUGGGACAACCAGAAGGAGAAGCUAUGCUACAAUUGCCAAGCCUGCAAGGCCGGUUUUCUAGACAGCCUCAACAGCUCAUGGAAAAGGACUGCCACUGUCAACAUUGUCUCUCUUAUAAUCCUCAUUGUAGUCUACGGUUUGGGAUGUUGCGCCUUCCGAAACAACAAGCGAGAAGAGAGUUAUGCCCGUUCCUGUGGCUUUAACCAUCCUUGAUUUCUCCCUGUCUGUUUUUCUCUUCUAAUUUGCGCUAGGCGUAUGUUACUCUUGUUUUAAGCUUGACUUUGAUUUUUUCAUUAAUAAAUCAUAUUACGUACG